AAAAUAUCAAAACUCAACACCUCCAUAGCUUUUGUCCGUUGUAUAUCAUAACCAAGCUGGUGUCGCACCGAGUGCCCGUAAACAGCAAAAGCUCGCCGGAAAACGCAGCCAGAGUUUGUUGUUGACCGCGUUAGAAACUCCCUCCAGGUUUCCCUUUUUUUAAUUUCAACUUUUCAGAUUUUCCUUCCGCUCUCCCGUAACGUGCUUAAGGACUUGAUUCCGGCGCGAUUUGCGGCCGCAACAGCCGCCACCGCAGAAGGCAACGCACCGUGAUUCAGCGGUUGCACACUAAAGUGGACCUCCUCUCUGGUUUUCUUUUCUCUGCAUCUCUACUUUGCUGCCACCAAAACAAGCUGUCCCUGAAGCAAGUUCCAGGUAGCACUGGCGAGAAUGGAAUCCCUGGAGAGUAAAAGCGAAACUGUCUGUCACGUCGAAGAUGAUUCUAUGUCUAACAACAAAUGCACCAACUUCUACGAUAUCUAUGGACCUGAAGCCAAGGCAGAUGUUGUUUUCAAGUCACCAGAAGAAGACAAAUCAACUCUGAAUCUCGCUGACAUUCAAGGACUUGUAACUUGGGUUCUCGGUGAAGGAUUCAUGCCAUCAUGGGUUUUUAUCAAGAAUAAACCUCUAAUUUUCAAAGUAGUUAUGCUCUAUAUGCCAGGCCUGGAUGCAGCUUUGUUCUUGUCACUGUCCAAAAUGCUUCCUAAUUUAAAAAAAUCAUGUGGCAAACCAAGACCAGUCUUUGCUCUCAGCUGUGUAUCAGAUAGUAUGCAGACAAUUGAUGCACUCCUAACAUGCAAGCAGAAAAGAAAAAGGGAUCAAAAUGGUUCAAUUACGACAAUAUCUACACCGACAUCACAACAAGAAGAAGGCUGCAGUGGUACUCUCAGUCUAUCAUUUACGGAGCUUACUAAAGAUAUACCGUUCCCUGUUACACACUACACACUAUCAAAGAAAGAACUGGUAGAGAAUGAAUAUCCUGUUAAUAAGCCAGGUUUUCUUUCUACUCUUCCUGCUCCUCCGGAAUCUCCUUUUUAUGAGAUGUUAGCACUUGACUGUGAGAUGUGCAUAACAGGUGAGGGGUUUGAGCUUACAAGAGUAACUCUAGUGGAUGUCAAAGGACAGGUUUUGUUAGAUGAAUUGGUUAAACCUUCAAAUCCUAUCACUGAUUACAAUACAAGAUAUAGUGGAAUAACGGCUGAGAUGUUAGAUGGGGUGACAACAAGUCUGUCAGACAUUCAGGAAGUGUUUCGAAAAUUGGUUCACAAAGAAACUAUUCUUGUUGGGCAUUCUUUGGAAAAUGAUUUAUUAGCAUUGAAGAUAUCACAUGACUUGGUCAUUGACACAGCAGUAUUAUACAAACACCCCCGAGGGAGAUCCCAUAAAACUGCUCUACGGUUUCUUACUAAAAGAUUUCUUUCAAGGGAGAUACAGCAAUCAGGGAAUGGACAUGACAGUGUUGAAGAUGCUAGAGCUACCAUGGAAUUGGCAGUACUGAAGAUCAGAAAUGGGCCUGGCUUUGGUGCCCCUCCAUCCUUUAUGCGGGAAAAGCUCCUUUCCAUUUUGAGCGAGUAUGGCAAAACUUCUUCAAUGAUUGAUGACAUAUCCAUAGUAAGACGAUUUGCUUCCGAGACCUCUAAUUCAAUUCCAGUUACAUCUGACGAAGAAGCACUUGCAAAAACUAUCAAGGAGUUGAAGAAUGAAAAGGUGCAUUUUAUCUGGACUCAAUUUUCAGAAUUACACUCAUACUUGAAUAAACAAGCAGAGGAUUCAGAUAGCUUAAAUAAAAAAAUUGCAGAGAUGAUUGCAUUACAUACAUGUCAAAAGAAUCAUUCAAAAGGGAAAGGCCCCAAGUCAAAUACAUCUGCUGAACUGAAGGAAGUUGUUGCUCGCAUGGAUAAUAGAAUUCAUAAACUGUAUAAGUCGUUACCAACAAAUGCUAUGAUGAUAGUUUGCACCGGUCAUGGAGACACAGCAGUUGUCCGCAGGUUGAGGAAAAUGCUUAAGGAGGAGAGUGGAAGUAAUUUUGGUCGUGACAAAAUUGUGGAAGUCUUAGAAGAUUUUCAGGCCAGAGCUGAAGUAGCUUUAUGUUUUGUAGGUGUAAAGCACUGAUCAUAGAAGAAUACAAAAUGAACUGAAGUUAAUUUUUAUGACCUGCGGCCCCACAAUUUUGAUUGUAAACAUUCUAACAUACUAACAUUUAUAAAAAAAAUAUUUGUUAUUUUUUAGGUGAUAUGGCAAGAGUUAUAAAUUUCUCAUAACGGCAUCACGAAAAACUUAGUCUCAAAUGUUGUAGAUGUAGUGUGUGUUUGCCACUGCAGUGGUUAUAAUUAGUUUUAUUAUUAAUUUUGAUUGAA